AUGUCACAGCUGGCCCACAGUGAGCACCUGUUGGAGCAGCUGCGUUGGCAGCGGGAAAGCAACGUUCUGUGUGACAUCACGGUCGUCGUGGGCGACACGCUGUUCCGAGCGCACCGUAAUGUCCUGGCGGCGUUCAGCGGGUUCUUCUCCGCACUGCCUGACAGAGGUCACCUGGUUACGACCCUUAACCCUGAGUUUGUCAGUGAGCAGGCCCUGUACACCCUGCUGAAAUACAUAUAUUCUGGAGAACUACACACUGACAAGUAGGUACAUCACUACACUGGUGUGUACAAAGCUAAUUUAGCAAUAGGUGUGGAAACACUAUUCACCAAAUCAAAAGGUGUGUAAGCACCCCUAUUCACUACUCCCUUUGAAUAAUACAACUACACCACCAUCAUACUGUCACAAUAACUAUAUCACAGGAGGCUGCUGAGGGCAGCACGGCUUAUAAUAAUGUCUGGAAUGGAGUAAAUGGAAUGGUAUGAAACACAUGGAAAGCAUGUGUUUGAUGAGUUCGAUUACCAUUCCAUGUAUUCUGUUCCAGCCAUUACUAUGAGCCCGUCCUCCCAAAUUAAGAUGCCACCAACUUCCUGUGCUAUGUAGGAUACUAUAUUGUUGUUUAUCUGUUGUUAUUGAUCUCUUGUUUAUCUGUGGUUGCCAUGAUAACAGUGAGGGGUCGGAGGCCGUGCUGAGAGCGGCAGUGUUCCUGGGGAUGAGGGAGGCAGAGCGUCACCUGAAAGACAAGACCGACAUCCAACAGGAGACGAGGAUAGAGUCAGCCCCACCCACCCCCUCCCCCCAUUGCUUACCCUCACCCCCCAGCCCAGAGGCAUUUCAACCCUUGUCCUGCGUUUCUGGAGGGGGCUUGGUAGAGAGGGAGGAGGAGAGGGAAGGAGAGAAGGGGGAGGAAGAAGAGCGGGGAGAUCCAGAGUACACCCCUCCCUCCCCAACAUCCCCCCGAAGAGGAGCGAGGAAGAGGAAGGGAAGAAAGCCCAAGGCCACACCUCACAACCAGACCUCACCUGGAAACCAAACCUUGCCUAGCAACCCAACAUCACCUAGCCAUGACGACACCCAAGAUGACGCAACAGUCCCCCAGCUUCAGAGGGGGAGAGGCAGGGGAAGAGGGAGAGGGAGAGGCAGGGGAAGGGGGAGGGGAGGAGGAAUGAGGAGGGAUCUGUUGUUAAAAGAGUCAGACCUUCAGAUCGUUGAGGAUAAUGAGACAGACUUCAGCCCUUCGUCAUUGAGACCUGUCAAGAGGCAAAGGAGGAGCAGUGGAGAGAGGAGAGGAGUGAAGAGAGGGAGAGGCAGAGGAAGAGGGAAACUGAAGGAGAACAGAUCGAGCGAUGGCGAGGGAGAUGAGGGGAAGGCUGGGUUGAAGAGCCAACAGGUUAAAGAGAAGCCGGUGUGUGCUGAGUGUAACAAAGAGUUCUCUGAGAUCAGUAGUCUGAAGAGACACAUGAGGAUCCAUAAAGGAGUGAAACCUUUCCAGUGUCUCUUCUGUCCCCGAGCCUUCACACAGGGAAACCAGCUCAAGACUCACCUCCGUAUACACACAGGUGAGAUACACACACACACACCAAACAUACACACAGGUAAGACACACACACACACUCCGCCACAUACACAUACAGGUGAGAGACACCCACACUUGAGACACCCUAACUGUCUCUCUGACGUUCUAGGAGAGAAGCCGUUUGCCUGUUCUCAGUGUGACAAGGGUUUUGCCCAGAAGUGUCAGUUGGUGGCUCACUGUCGAAUGUACCACGGAGAAGAGAAACCUUACACCUGUGAACAAUGUGGGCUGCAGUUCGCUACCUCAUCUAACUACAAGAUACACUGCAGGUAGGACUGUGUGAGUGUGUCUUUGUCUGUGUGUGCGUGCAUGUGCGUGUGUGGAGAGAAGACAUAUUUGUGUGUAUCUAUCUACCUAUGUGUGUCCAUGUGUGUGUGUCCAUAUAGGAAGCACAGUGGAGAGAAGCCGUAUGUGUGUGAACAGUGUGGGAAGGGUUUUGCCCAGGCCAGCACUCUGACCUAUCACAUCAGGAUCCACACAGGAGAGAAACCUUACCAAUGUGACGCCUGUGGGAUGUCCUUCUCCGUCUCUUCCUCUCUCAUCACACACAAACGCAAACACACAGGUAACACACUGAAGUAAAGGGAAACACUACCAGUUAAAUUAGCCUUGAAGGUGUGUGUGUGAGCUUGGGUCCCUGUAUUCUCAGACGUGUUUGUGUGUGUGCGUGUGUCCGCAUUUGUGUUUGUUUUCCAGGUGAAGCUCCACACGAGUGUCUGGUUUGUCAGAAGGCCUUCAUUACCAAACGAGAACUCAACAAACACUCCCACAUCCACACCGGUGAGUCUACCUAACACACACACACACGUGAGAACCAACCACUUUGACUUUAUAAAUCUAUCCAAGGGAAAAGAUGACAAGCACCAAGUGUCCAGCUGUCAAACAAAUCACUGUCUGUUAGUUGUGUAGAUCUACUGUGUUCUAGAAGGGCAUCUGUCCUGGAGUGGAGAGAGAGAAGAGGAAACACAGGAUGGAGAGAGUCACUAGGAAGAGGAGAGAGAGGUGUAGGUAAAGAAGGAGAAGAAGGGACGAUAUAGAAUUGUAGCUGGAAGAAGGUUGAAGAUGGAAGCGAUGGAUAGACUGAUAAAGGAGUUGAUAUGGAGAUUAUAGAUGGGGCUCUGAGUUUUUCCCGACCAUGUGACUUGACCAGGAAAGAAUCCUGGCCCUAGUUGUAGAGAAUGAGGGAAGAUUUGUGUGUGUGUGCCGUGCGGCGUGUGUAGGUGGAGACCCAGCUGUUAAGCAGCGUGUGACAUGUGAGCUGUGUGGAAACACCUACGCUGGCCUGAGCAGCCUGAAGAAACACCAAGAGAGACAACACUUAGGUGAGGUGUGUGUGUGUGUGUGUCAUCUUAUCCUUUUGCCAUCUGUCUAUGUUAACCUGUGUGUGUUCUCCAGUUCCAGUGGAGGUUCCAGAAGGCGCUCUCCUCCACAACAUUCCUAUCGACCACCAGGGGCUAAUCUCCCGUGAUGCGCCCAGCCCCGUGCACGAGGAGCCAGGCAACCCUGACCCCGAGGAGCCAGGCAACCCUGAAGCCGAGGAGCCAGGCAACCCUGAAGCCGAGGAGCCAGGCAACCCUGAAGCCGAGGAGCCAGGCAACCCUGAAGCCGAGGAGCCAGGCAACCCUGACCCCGAGGAGCCAGGCAAACCUGACCCCGAGGAGCCAGGCAACCCUGACCCAGAGGAGCCAGAUAACCCUGACCCCGAGGAGCCAGGCAACCCUGAGCCCACAACCCCUAACUUGAGCCCUAACCCUCUCCGUGAUCUAGUGGAACAGCUGCGUACAUCUUCCUCCUCCUCCUCUUCCCCAUUCUCCCACUGCGAUCCAGCCUACCCCGCCGAAGAUAUGGAGCAGAUCAUCAUCAUUAGAACUUUGGACAACGACCCAUGCCCUGACCCCUGA